AUGUAGAGAAGACCUUAAAUUAAAGCAACUCAGCCAAUCAAAAAGACUGUAAACACCAGAGCAAAGAGUCAAGCCCCUGCAGUCGCAUCAUAAUAAAGAAGACCAGAUGUUGGAGAAUUCAUAUGCAAUAAAUAACAGAGAUUAGAAGCAAUAGGAGAUUUCCGACAGUGCAAAGAUAAGUGUUUAAAGCAUAUUUUAACAAACGCAGAAAAACUUUUUUAACCUAAAAAAAUUCAUCAGUAAGGUGAUUGGCUUAUUUCGAAUAAAGAGAAAAAUUAAACUUUUGAAUCUUAUCAAAAGCCAGGUGUGAAGAAUCUUGUCACUCCAUAGAGAAACAAGAUCUACAUUUUUGUGAUUGACCCUAAGAUAGACAAUCAGUUCGCAGAGAAGCUAAGAAAGUACUGCACAGCCUUCUAUACAGAUAUGAUUGUUGAGAUAAAAAGACCAGAAUCUGAGACUUUCUUGGAGGACUUAGAAGUCCCAAACAGAGAGAGUUUAUGGGGCAAGCAAUACAACGCAAUCAGCAUACUCAAUAAAGUUAACAAGAUGGUUCCAUCAGAUGCUUACUGCAUGCUAACUGUGACCAUGCAGGAUAUUUAUCCUUACGAUUCAUGGCUCUAUGUAUUUGGAUGGGCAAACUAUGUCUCAAGAACAGGUGUUUUCUCAUUUGUUAGAUACUAAUCUGACUUCAGCCCACUCUCAAAACUUUUAGCUGGGUUCUAGCCAGAACCUACUGAAGAGCAAAUUAAGAAAGAGAAUAAUGAGCUAUUGGAAAAUGCUUGCUAUGUGAUGGUUCAUGAAAUUGGACACAUGUAUGGUCUAACUCAUUGCACAUUUUAUGAAUGCAUAAUGAACGGCUUUAAUAGUUUUCAGGAAUAAAAGAGAUUCAAAAGAUACUUAUGUCCAGUAUGCCUUAGAAAGCUUUAAUCUAAUAUGCAGUUUGAUGUAAAGAGAAGGUUUAGGGACAUGCAGAAAAUAUGUGAAGAAUAUGAAUUUCAAGAAAUGGCAGAGUACUAUGCUAAAGCUGCCAAAUAUUGA